CACAAAGUUGUAUAAUGCAUUUGUAACAUAAAAGACUAUAUUUUUUAUCCAAGACAAUGUCAAGUCAGUUUAGUACAGAUGAAGAGGAACUGCACUGGGCUGAAUGCCGAUGACCAGGUAGCUCAAAGUGAUAUUGAAGCAGAACGGAGAAAGAAAGUGGAGCAUGAUCUCCGAAGACGACAAGAAUGUGAGAAAAGAGCUUUUCACAUUGUUGAAAAAAUGUUAGAUGGCCCUGUUGCUGAAACUUCUCUGCUGCAAGAUGCUCUCCAUAUAUGUCCGAAUCACUACGAUGAUAUAAUAGAGGAGCGAGCGAUAGCUAAACUGUGUGGCUAUCCCAUCUGUCAAAACCCAUUAGGACAAAUUCCAAAGCAAAAGUACCAUAUUUCUACCAGGAGUAACAAAGUGUACGACAUUACAGCCAGGAAGAAUUUUUGCAGUAACCAGUGCUUCACAGCAUCUCAGUACUUCAGGCGACAACUGUUGACCGCUCCUCUCUGGACCCGGGAACAUAUGCCUAACAAAGGAUUUAAACUCCUGUCACUGGGAGCCACGAGUGGGUUGGAAGGAGAUGAAGUAAUUUCAGUCACACCAGAGAUAAGAAAAGAAGUACAGUCACUGGAAAGGCUGGAGAAAUACGAGACAAAAAGUAAAGAUAAACCUGCAAACAAGAGUCCCAAUGAUCCAGAUCAAAUAAAUCUACAGUCCCUGAGGAUAAGUGAUAACACUCUUUCUUCCAACAAAAACAAAAAUUCAAGUGUACCCAGUACUCACCAGGAAAACAUUUCUGUGGCAAUUGAUGAAAAAAAAGUUGGAAACAAAGACGACUCCUCCAAAAUUAACAAUAAUGAUGAUUCCCAAGUAAAAAAAGAGUCUGGUGAUGCUAUGACAACAGAAUCAAAGAUGAAAUAUCUUGAGCUUUUGUUGAGUAAACGAAAACAUUUACUUGGUAAAAUGGCAGAUAUCCAGCCAAUGAAACUCUCAAAAGAUUCAGAUGAUGAUGAAGAUUCUGCAUCAGGAGCUGAUCACCAUGGAAAUAAAAAUCCUACAAAAGAGUCCUAUAAAACUCCUUGUUCUGAGUCAGGAAACGUUAAUGUGAAUUCUGCUUCAGAUUCGGAUGAUUGUCAGGAUUCAGAAUUACAGGGUGACAUUAGAACAAGUCCUGUCCUAAACAAACCAUCAGAAAGUCACACACAGAUAUCUCAUUCCACUCCACAUUUACAAGCACCAAGAUUAAAACCUCCUGAUAAAACCCCUAAGGCACUUUCCAAGUCUGUGAUAAAGAUUCUGUGUCAAACAUUGAAACAGUGGGUUACCAAGGAAACUAUUGAGCUUAUAUCACCACAGGAAUCAGAUACUCCACAUGACGGAAUUGACGAGACAGAAUUUCAGUUAAAAUAUACUAAACUUUGUCAGCGAAUUGAUGCCAGGGAAAAUGACCUUGAUGACCUUGUAGGAGAAUCAAGGAUUGAGGAUUCAUCGUUUCCAGAGAAACCAGUUCCUAAUUACAGCAUACUGAAAGAGGAAACAGAAGAGUUUGGUCAAAGGGUGGCACAGUACCUACAGGGCAAGACAAAUGUGACAGGAAUGAUCAAUGAAGUGGCAGCAGAGAAACAGUCAGAAGUCCACCUUCCUACAGUGGACAGUCAUGAUCAGAUGUUGAUCAGAAAGAAAAUUGUUAUGGAAAAACUAAAUCACUCAAUGCCUGAACUUCUGGUUCCAUUGAAGCUGUCGAUGCAGGAGGUGUUUUCAGAAGUAAGGCAACUGGUGUUAACAUUCAGCCUCAGUAAUCAGAACAUCUUGUUUAGACCAGCUGAGUGGACUUUGGUCUGUCUCAUCCUCAUCAAAAUUUUAGCAAGAAGACAUCAUCAUAUAGCAGAUUCCUUUAAGGAGGAGAGUGCUGUACGUUACUUUGAUAUUCUACUCCACCACCUUGGCGAGUCUCCCACAACAGUUGACCAGCAUAUUUCACAAAUCAUCCUAACAGCAUUACCAUAACUAUUAGUCCGGAGCAUUUAGCUUUUGAUGCUCUACAGAAGAUUUCCAUACCUGUCAGACUGGAGUGUCCCAUUGUGCUGGAACAUCUCUAUCUUCCCAACAGGAUCCUGAUUAUCAAGUCAUCACUUCAUAGUGAAAAGGAAUCUAUCCCUGGGACUGAGGUAUAGAUAAGUGUUUUGGACUUUGUGUUUUCCUCAAUAUUUUAUUCGCCUAGGUUUAAUUAAAGAUCAGGAUUUCUCCCCUGCACCAUCCACACCACCCCUACCCCAUCCCUCAUCCCCCAGGGAAACAUUACCCAGUAAUUCAUAAAGGAAAUCAUGGUACAAGGCUGUUGCCACUGUGAAGGGGGAAUUCUAUUAGAGUUAGUGUUUCAAAUAGGUUUCAAUAGCAAAUUAAUGAAAUAAGUAAAUAAUAAAUUUCAAUAGUUUGAUAGUUAAGUGUAUUUAUGAGAGAAAAAAAACUAUGUUGUAUAAUAUGUCAAAUUAUUUAUUGACAACAUUGAUAAACAGGUACAAUCGUUUUACAUAUUCCGGACAUACAGGUGCAACAGCUGACAAAACACUAUAAACUUACAUAUCUUAGUUCAUUUAACUCUUCCUUCACUAACAACAGUGUGCUACAGAAGUACUUGGCUAAUUGUACUUUCUGUAAAAAGUUAAACAAAUUCCACUAAACUUGAGGGAAUAGUAUCUGAAUUUCGAGAUCUGAAUUUGGUUAUAGGAUUUUAAAGUAUUUCUAAAAGACUAACUUGUCCAACAUCCCCUAAAUGUUGAUACAAUGAAUAUAUACAUGUACAAAGAUAAAAUGAUCGCAAAGUCUUUGAUAAGUCUAUUUUCAAGCAUAUAUACAAUUUUUUUAAUCAUCAGAAAUGUCCUUCAGGAGAAGUUUCUGUCAUCAAGGUCUUUCAAAAUCUAUAUGUGACAUUGUGUCUAGGAAUACAGCCAUUUUGUUCAGAUACUAGGGUAUUGAAAUGUUUAUGUGACAGCAGAAACCCCUAUUUUAAUUUGACACCAGUUUCUAAUUUGAAUAUGAGACUAGACUUACUAAAAUAUAUUACAGGUACAAGUAUUUUCAAUGACAAACCAAGAAGUUGCUUUUUAGCAAAAAUCAAAUUCAAAAUAAAAAUAUUUUGUCCGUAAAAAUGUGUUGGAUGUAAGUAGAAGUAAAUGGGAUCGAAAUCUGUGGAUUUUAAUUUACACCAUAAUAUACAUUACCAGAUAUAGGUAUUACACCUAUUUGUCAUGAUAGAUCUACUGUAUAUAAUUUCCAUGGCAUUUUUUGUGGUGCAUCAACUCCUCAUUAUACAGAUAUUUUAAAAUUUGAUAAUGUAAUAAAAUUUAAAGUUACAAAAAUAGAAUAAGAUAUUGAUGCUGAUAAAUCCCUGAAGGAUCGAGGAAGUAUUCCGCAACUUGUAGAAUCCAGGUGCAUGCAUGUAUGGUACAGUGUGUAAUUAAAACAAAAGAUAUAAUUAUUCAUAUUUUGCUUAAUUAAAAGGUUGAUUAAUAUUAAAGAUUGAUGAAUAAGAAUAUUAAUUCUAUGAGUUAUGACAUCAACCACUACCUGAUUUAUCAUAUAUGUCACAGGAUCUCAUUAAAAUUCAUCCCAGUCAGUUUUGAUGAAACAGUCAAAUUUUUCAAGUAUUGUUUUGAUAAAAAUUGUCUAACAGGAUAUCAGGAUAAUUUCUUAAUUUCUUAAAUGUCAAAACUAAAGACAUUUUUAAUUUCCUUUUCAAGGGCAACAGUUUUGUACAAAAUAUUUGCAUAUCGAAAUCAUUGCUCAGAUAUGUAUAUGUUAUUUUUGGAAUGUCAUACCAUUUCCAUAUGGAGCCUUAGUUCUAGUGCUACACAGUAGGAAAUAUUUUGAAAAGGGGGGUAAUGAUAACAACCAUCCAUUCUUUAAAAAAAAAAAUAUGACCUGACUUCCAUCAAUUGUAAAAAGAUUCCAUCUAGUCACAGUGAUGAUGAGAAUUAUUCUACACUAGGAUAUCUUCCACAAUAUAGAUGUCUACUAUGUACUCUUUUACAGGGUAUAUGUCACAAAGUUAAACUAAGUUCUGUAUGUAUGUACUUCUAACAUGUACAUUUGUUGAAAUGUGUAAUAGUGCUUUAAUAUAACAUUUUGAUUUGAUAAAAUACUUAACAGACUAAUGAAGCAUCAUAAGCAUGUUAUUUAAAACAUUCAUAUGAAAGGCUCAUACUGUCAAAAUGUUGGAAUAAUUUUCCUUUUUUUUUUUAAUCCGGCAUUACUCUGUAUUAAAGUUAGCUUCUGAAAUAUUAUUGUUUAAAAAAAACAGUGUAAUUUAAAAAAGUUAAAUUGUAAUUUUUUAUUUAUGAAUAUAUUAUUAUAAUUUUUUUGAUUAAUUUGAGAAUAUUAUUUGUAAAUGACGAUAGAUGAUAUUGUUUUCAAUUAAUUAAUUUUUUACCCUAAAAUGGGUAUAGGAUGUUAAAAUCAUGGUGGUUAUAUGUUAAGUAUCUAUCGUAUCACAUCAGUAUGUGAACAACAACUUAGUAAUAUUUAGCACUUCUGAUCAAUAACUUCCAAUUUUUAAUGCCUAAUAAUUUUUCAGACAUAGAAUAUUGGAAAGAUAUUCAAAAUGACUUGUGUAAGUAAAAGUUACCAUUUGGUAUGAGAAAGUUACAAUAAUUAUUGAACAGAAAUGUUAAUCUGUCUUGCGUUCUCCGCAAAAAUCUGAAAAAAACUGUUCACAUUGUUAUUAUUGUACAAAACCUAUGUGAUACAUACACAUAUAUAAUUGUACAUGUUUUGUUGAAAGUGUUUGAGUAUCAAUAAAUUUCAGUCAUUA